UCUAGGCUACAUCGUCUUGACAUACUUCAUCUCACAUCAUUUCUUUAUUCUACAAAACCAUUUAUUUAAAAUUAAAUAAAAAAUGUAACAAUUAGCAAAAACUCUGUAACAUAAAAAUGUAUUGUUUGAGAGCUUGUCGUUUGGGCGCUCUGCAGUUGGCGAGCUUGGCGCCCCCGCCGGCCGGCAUCAUGGCCGUCGCCAGGCUCAGGCAGCCUUCGCCCUGCGACGUCACUCCCAAUAAGAAGCCGUGCUUCGACAUGACAAAGGUGCGAGUGGAGCGCGCGAACAAGUGCCAUUCAAACAUGAUACGCUUGUUUCUGUACGCGCACUGCUGGCCGCGCGAGCCCAGUGUCGUCGGCCUGUGGAUGUCCUCCGACAGCCCCUACCUCGAUAUACUCACUGAAAAGUACUCUAAUUCCGGUGAUCGCUUUUUGGCAUUCGAGCAGCUGGAUCGUACACGUGAGUCGCGGCUGAUCGGGGUGUGCGCGGCCAACAAGCUGUUCCCGUGGAUGGUGGCCGAGCUGGAGGAGUGGGCCAACUUCACCUACUGCAAGCCCGACCGCACACGCAUGUACUUUAUAGCUCACUGCAUCAAGAAUGCCGACCUUAUCAGGAAGUACAAUGUCGAGUACAUUUAUGACGUGGAGGUGCUGUGCACGGACGCGUCGGUGGCGGCGCGCGGCGUGGGCACGCGGCUGCUGUCAGCGACGCUGGUGCAUGCCGAAGAUCUCGGCUACCCAGUGGCGCAGGUCAUCGCGGUCAGCCACUACGCUGCGAAGAUCUGCGAGAAGUGCGGCAUGACGCGCGAGUGGUCGAUGAACUACGACGACUACGUGGACCGCACGGGCCACCAGGUGUUCUUCCCGCGCCGGCCGCACCUCACCGUCGCCGUCUACUCCAAGUUCUUUGACCCAUCCAAGCCCAAGCCGCUGCCUUGCAAACCACCAUUCCUUUAAUACUGUUUAAUAGCUUCGAAUCACGUGUGACUUUGAUUACUUUAUUCAAAGAAAAAUUCUCAGUGAAACAGUAAACAGCAAAAAUCAGUGUUAUUAAUUAGACAUACCUUCACCAUCCUCAUAUUAAUUAGUUUAUUUUUGUAUGUACCGAACGAAAAGUUUAGUGUAACCAGGUAUCGAAUCUAAUAAAAUAAUACACAACAUUUAAAUACA